GACUGUUUCUGUAACAAUUUCAAAGUUUUUGCUGCCAACAAGUUUAAAAUAGAAUACCUACCUAGGUAAGCGUUUGUUCCAAUUGAAAAACAUUAACUUUGUAACUAGUUUGUAAAAUGUUACUAGUUUUAAUAGGUAUAGAGAAUGUAAACUGAAGAUUCUGUAUUUAAUAAUUUUAUUGCAAGUAGCGAUCUCAGAAUGUCAAUGAAACAUUUUCAGUCUUUAAUUACGCGCAAAAUAAAGAAAGUAAUGUAACAAAUUAGUCUUACGGACCGCUUUUGAGUACCCUCAAAAUAGUGUGUCUAUAAUUAUUGAGUAUUGUUGUUGUGGGAUGCAUGUGAUGCCAGAAGCGACAACAGACAGGUGGGAGCGGGUAACGGGCAACAGUGCGUUUAUGUAACGCGAGGGCGCCCGGUACGCGCGCGGCAGUGUUCAGCCGACCGACCGCCGCGACGAGCUGCCCUGCCCGGCCCGCACCAUGGAUGCCGGCCCGCCCGGCCCAGCGCCCCACCAUUCCGGCUUCGGUGCCUUCUGCAACGCCAUCUCUGACACGCUCACGGGAAUGGCAACUACUUCAAGAAGUAGAAGAAAGCAGGAAGAUGAGAAGAAGAGUAAGAAAAAACAAUCACCGGUGGAUGAGAGGCCCACGGUGCCGGCGCCCAGUGAGGCAAUGCUCAACAAUCUCCGUACAGCGUUCGGUCUACUUGACCGGGAUAGCGACGGUCACGUGACACCAGAGGAGUUGCAGUUUAUGCUGCGGAACCUUGGUAUUGAAGUUAGCGAUGACCUCAUAUCGGAACUUAUCAAAGAUGCCAGUAAAACUGGGAACGGGUUAAUAGACGAAAAUGAUUUCAUGCAAUGGGUGACGAAGAUACAGGCGUUACAAGGGAUGGAUGUCAGUAAUAGUGGAGGGGACACCGAAGAAGAAAUCACCAGAGACCUGUUAGCAGCGUUCAAAGUAUUCGACCGUGAUGACAACGGGUACAUAACACGGGACGAGUUGCGAUCGGCGCUGGAGAUGAUCGGUGAGCCGGUGACCGAUGCGCAGCUCAAUCAGGUGCUGGCACUCGGCGACAUUGACCACGACGGUCGUAUCGACUAUGAAGGUAUAUACUUAUAUUGAUAAUAAAACUAUAUAAAUAGGUUUUACUGUCGUCAAAACCUCAUUAGAUGUAAUAAUAAUGUAUUAAAGACAAGUGGUCGUAGAGCCGACAGUAUUCGUGACUGAUAAGAUCUGUACCAAUAACGUAGCUUCUGCUAUAAUCACGUUAUUUGAGCUUGGGUAUAAAUAAAACUGCGAAUCGCAAUUUCGUUCGGCAAUUGGUGUCCGUCCCUUCAUAAUUCUGAUGUGAAUCAAUUGGCUUGACUUCUUGCCAACUUGCGAUCUCUCAGAUUUUCAUAAUACUACGUCGCAUCACAGUUUUAUUUUGAAGCCCUUAACCUAGAAUAAAUUGCUAUAUAUACAGUAAUAUAAUUCUAAUAACUAAUACAUUGAAAAUGCUACAAUUCGUACAGACACAGGUUGGCAGAUAAUACGCAUCGCUAGAGAACUCUUCCAAUCAGGUAUAUUUGAUAUGAAAGACAGUAACUAAUAUAACAAUUUGUAUAUUAAUCCGUAAAUAAUAAAUAUCUAUGAGUUAUGUUUUUACAUCUAGAUUAGAUAUAUUUAUUGAAAUACAUAAAGCAUAGGUAAAUAAUAUAAUAAUAUCAAAGAUUACUUACUUCAGUUAUUAAUUUAUGAUGUAUAUAAAAUUUAUUAUUUAAUUAAUAACUAAUGUAGGAUUAAUAAUAAAAAUAAAAUUGAAACUCCACUUGAUGAUGAAGUAUACAUAAUUUGUAUUUUGGCUACAUGAAUAACAUUACUAGAUAAUGUUCAAAGAAACCAUAAUUUACGCGGAGCUCAAAUCCUACAUUGGAAUAAAUUAUUUCGAUUGUAGUUAAACGAACAUGAAGCUAAUACUAGUUUAUGAACGCUUAGGUAUAUAAAUAUGAGAACAGAUCAAAUUAUCGUGAAACAAGAGAAUGACAUCUGACUUAAAAAUAUUGUGUUAUAAUAAUAAGAAAUACGUCAGUACACUAAUGUACUCGAUUGCAAAGUUAUUUUAAUUAAUAAGCCAUAUGAUUGCAAUUAAUAAGGUUGUGAACAGUAAUUUAUUUAUCGUGCACAGAUAAAUUUUAUCAGCGCUUUCAAAGUUUUUUUUAAGAACAAUCAAACGUGUAUUAUAGAGUAAUUAAGUAUUUAUAUACUGUUGUUGUUGUUUUUAUUUGUGUCUUUACAAAUGUAAAUAUUAAUAAGAUAUUUAUCAACUACAUGAUAUUUAAAAUGUAGUGUUGUAGUAUUAAAAUUCCGUCUGUUACAUAUAAUAUAUAAAAUAUUUAAAAUAAAGAGAGAUUAUAAGUUCUAGAACUGGAUAUGGAAUCUGUGACAUCAACUAUAUUAAAGAUAUUUUUAAAUCGUAUUAUAAACAAUUUAAACUACUUUAAAUCUUAAGCAAACAGUGAUGCAAACUAGUAAGAUCUCGGAUUUUAUCAAUACUUAGGUGAAAUUUACAUUUGUAAUUGACCCAAAUAGCAUGUUAGUAGUAGUCAUUGAGCCUUUGAAAGGCAAGUGAUUUGGAAUGAAAGUGAUUUAAUAAAAACAUGAAUUUGUUAUUUAUUUUCAUUGUUGUUUUACUGGUUAUCAAACUCAUUUAUAUCAUUACCCAUCAUAUCUUAUCUUAAAUCUAUAAUCAAUCUUGCUAUUGAAGUUAUUAAUUUAUUUUAUUCAACCAGGCUAUUAGUGCAAUAUUCUGUGCCAUAGGACCAGACACAAAGUGAGAAAAAGAAUAUUAA